AUGGGAUGUUUACAUUCUAAAAAUUCAGGCGAUAAAAAUGUCAGGUCUAUCAAUUUACAAAAUAAAAAGACUGAAUUUAGAUAUGAUGAUGGUAGAAGAUUUUAUGGUGUAAAAGACGCUAUAUACCAACUACCAAAUGAUGAAGAUGAACAAGAUAGACUACAUUUACAACAUUUCCUGAUAAGAUAUCUCUUCCAAAGCAAUUUUUCUUCCCCUAUAGAAAAUAUUUUAGAUAAACCUGGAACAAAAAUUCUCGAUAUUGGAUGCGGCCCAGGGUCAUGGUCAUUUGACAUGGCAACCGCUUUUCCAUUCGUCGAUGUUAUUGGAUUAGAUAUGUCACCACAUCAACCAUCUUAUAUAAAACCUAGAAAUUUCACAUUCGUUAAAGCAAAUGUUUUAGAAGGAUUACCUUUCGAUGAUAACACUUUUGAUUUUGUAUUCCAACGAUGUAUGGUUUUUGCAUACCCCAAAGCAGAGUGGCCAAAUGUAAUGAACGAGCUUGUUAGAGUUUUAAAACCAGGUGGUUUUUUAGAGUUAUGCGAACCUUCUCCGGUGUAUGAUAUGGGCCCAACAACUCAGCGCAUAUGGGAAGCUGAAAUAGAUUUGGUACGGCAAAAAGGCUUAGAACCAAAUUUAUCUCAUAUGAUAGAAAAAUUUGUACAAAACCAAGGUCAGUUAGAAAAUAUUAAUAAACUUGUAAGACAGAACUAUCAUGGCGAAAAAACUAAUAAUGCCCAACUUAGUAAAGUGGCUAUCAGUAAUUUAAGGUCCUUAUAUGAAGCUUUUAAACCAUCUUUAACAAAAUUUUUAAAAAUCUCUAAUGAGGAAUUUGAUGAAAUGGUUAAAGCCUCUGAAAAAGAAUUAUUUGAAUUUGAUUCUUAUUACUAUUUUACUCGUGUUUAUGCAAGAAAAUCGGUUGAAAUUAAUGAAAAACCUCAAUUAGUAUUUGAAAAUGAAUCGAAACCUAAUAGUGAUAAUGAAAAAGAACUUAAAUAUACUUAA